AUGGAGGCCCUGGGUCCUGGGGGCGACCGCGUCUCCCCGGCCUCCUCCACGCGCAGCCUGGACCUGCGGCGGCUGUCGGUGCGCGCCGACUCGGCCUACAGCUCCUUUUCCGCAGCCUCGGGCGGCGCCGAGCCGCGCACCCCGUCCCCGGAGACCGACCUUCUUCCCUACCUGGACUGGGACUACGUGCGCGUGGUGUGGGGCGGCCCGGCCCCCGCCUCGGCCGCCGCCGCCCUUCGCGCCUCCCCGCAGCCCCGGCCCGCGGCCGCCGCGCGCAAUGGGCUGCGCGCUCCGCAGGCCCAGGGCGGGCCGGGGCCGCUCAGCAGGCAGGACACCCCGCUGCUGUUCGCGCUGGCGGCCGAGGCGGAGGCCGCAGCGCGGGCCGCCGAGCCGCCCAGUCCGCCGGCCUCGCGGGCCGCCUACCGACAGCGGCUGCAAGGCGCUCAGCGGCGCGUCCUCCGGGAGACGUCCUUCCAGCGCAAGGAGCUCCGCAUGAGUCUGCCGGCCCGCCUGCGGCCCGCGGCCCCCGGGCGCCCCCCGGCGGCGCACCCGCGCUCCGCCUCGCUCGGCCACCCGGGCGGGGAAGGGGAGUCGGCGCGCUCUGGGGCCCCCGCGCCUGGAACAGCCGGCCCGGGCCGCCUCGCCAACCAGCAGCGGCCGUGGUGCUUCUCGGAGCCAGGGAAGCUGGAUGGCAUGGGUCGGGGCGCUGGGAUGGCUGGGGCCUGCUCCAGCUUGGGCUUCGCCAGGCCUGAGACCCAGGAAUUGCAGCAGCAGGCGGUGGCAGAGUUCGAAGGUCACCAGACCAGAUGGCUGAGAGGCACAGAGGACCCCGAACCCCCCUCCUUGAAGCUCGACGACGACGUCUACAGGCCUGCUCGAAGGAGUCAGAGCGCCGCGUCAGGGGAAGCUUUGGGUCCCUGGGGAGGCCCAGGAGGGGCCAUGCCCAUCGUCCAGGCUGUUCCUCAAGGAGCAGAACCCAGACCCUUGUUUCAGACCACACAUUCCAGGUUCCUGACUCAGAAGGAAGCUGCAGUGGUGUGUCCCUCAGAGGGUCCCCUGAGCAGGCCCACUGACCGUGAGCUCAGGGUCCCAGAGACCCACAUGGUGUGUGCCCGGCUCCCUUCCCUUCCUGAUGACGAGGUCUUCCUGGAGGAAGUCCCGCUGGUCAGAAUGAGAGCACCUCCAGACUGCCGUGCCCCGCCGGGGCUCCCAGCCAGUGUCCAUGCCUCUGACCCACAGCAUGGAGCUGGCUUGGGCCAAAGGCCUGACGGGGCUACAGUGCCCCCAGAGCACCCCCUACAUGGGUGCCUAGAGACUGCAGGGACAGGGGACUGCUGGUCCACGUGCUGUCGUUCCCCUGGGACUGCAAAUGGUGACGUCCCAACCGCCGACUCCACUGGACCGCUGACGACGGACUUCCCUGCAGCUGUAGAGAGUGACUCCCUCAAACCUCUCCCAGCUGGUGCCCUGGGACCUCCAGGCAGUGAUACCCAAGGGCCUCCUGAUGACACGGCCUUGGCUUGGGGCACUGUCGAGCCUGGUUCCAAGCCAACGUGGCCAAGUCCACGCCUGGAGCAGCUGGUUCAGGAGCUUGCCAGACUGGAUCCCUCUCUGAGUGACACUCUCACAUCCUAUCCCAGCCCAGAGCCACCUCUGGAUCUGCUGGAUGGGCUGAUUCCGUUGGCUGAGGUCUGGGCUGCCAUGAGACCAGCCCGUGGCAGGGCUGGAGAGGAGGCUGCUGGUAUUUCUGAGCCAGGCUCCCCCCAGGUCCUGCCAACUUCUCAGGAAGAAACAAGGCCUGAACACCUUCCCCCUCACCCUGUGUCUGACCAGCCAUGUGGCCAGGGUCUGCCUGAGCCAGACAGCAGCAUCCAAGCUAAGAAAGUGGAGCUGGCGGACCUCCUCCAAAAGAUGCUGCGGAACCUGGAAGCGGAGCAGGAGCAGCUGCAGGGGACAGCCCAGACCUGGGCCAGGCGUGGGGCUGCGCUGGAGGCCGCGGUAGGCCAGGCCUGUGCACCCCGCGAGCUAGAGCGGUUCAACCGGUUCAUGGCCGACCUGGAGCGCGUGCUUGGCCUCCUGCUGCUACUGGGCAGUCGCCUGGCUCGCGUGCGCCGCGCCCUGGCUCGAACGGGAGCACACGGGGACCCUGAGGAGCAGGCCUCUCUGUUGCAGCGACUCGGGCUCCUGCAGCGGCAGCAGGAGGACGCCAGGGAGCUGAAGGAGCACGUGGCGCGGCGCGAGCGGGCCCUCCGGGAAGUGUUGGUGCGGGCACUGCCCGCCAGGGAGCUGCGCGCCUACUGCGCCCUCCUGGCCGGCAAGGCCGCUGUCUUGGCCCAGCAGCGCAGCUUGGACGAGCGGGUCCGGCUCCUUCAGGACCAACUGGAUGCCGUCAGGAGCGGCCUAGGCCAUCAACCCCCAUCUCCCAGGCUGGCCUCUUCCCCGGGGACCCGUCCUCCGGAUAAACCGCCCUUCUCCCCUCUGCUUAUUUAGUUACCAGCGGUGGAGGUGGGGAGCUUUGCCCUGCCUUUCACGCACCAGGCUGGGGGUGACGCUGGUUUAUUGGGCGCUUUCCCCUUGGGGUGGGGAUGACCCAGGCCAGGCCCUCUCGGGAUACUUCAAAGCAUUGUCAUGUGGCCUCACCCAAGUCUUGUGGAUUAUUUGGUAAUUAACAUAUGGAUUUUACAAACUGCAGUAUUCCCCCUUUUUGUGAUGAGAGGUGAGCUUGGUGAGGGUUGGGUAGAGGGGGAGGAGACAUGUCAGAGUCUCAACGUAAGAUGCAAAACAGCCGUUUAUUCCUCACAAUAAAAGCUGAUGUGAGAAGUGUGAUGCCACGGGAAGCAUAGUUUGGGGGAAGGAU